AUGCUCUCACGUGUUGCUGCAGUGAAGGCACCCCGCACACACAACCUUCGCCGCGUGACCGGAUCCAGCGGAAGGAGGAGGGAAGGAAGAGAAAGUGAGCCGCAGAGGCCCAACAUGUCCCGGCGUGUGUUUGCUUCCGCGGUGCUGCUCCUCCUCGUCGUGAUGAUGUGCUGCGGCAGUGGUGGAGGUGCACAAGCUGAUGUGGGGGCGGCACAAUCUCAGAAAUCUUCACCGGAGAAACCGUUUCAUUGGAGGGAUACAAAAGAUGGAGAAGCAGUGAGUUCGCUUCGUGUUCCAAGUCUUGUUGAGGUGAAUGGUAAAGUAUUUGCCGUUGCCGAGGCGCAGUUGAAGGGUGAAACCAGCGUCUUUACUGGCAUUGCAUCCCAACUUCUCACCAACACAGCGGAUAACAAACAGGAGGAUGUGCUGAAGAAUGCCAGGGAAGAAACACAAGUUCUGGAGGAAGGCACGUCCGCAGAGGGGAAGAAAGUAGAUGUGAGCCGACCAACAACAGUUGUGGAGGGAAGUAAUAUUUACAUGCUUGUUGGAAAACACAGCCAUGAAGCUGCUGAUACCUGUCAGACUGAAACUGAGAAGAUCAAAUCGGGAAUAUUGCUGGUGAAGGGUGAGGUCAGUGAAGGCGGUAACAAAAUAAAUUGGAACGAUACUGACGGUGUACCGUGCACGCUAGGCGAGAAACACAAAUCCUGGACAGGGCUGAUUGGCGGCGGUGGAUCGGGUAUUAAGAUGAAGGACGGUACGCUUGUGUUCCCAUUGGAAGGCACCAAAAAGAAGGAGACCGACACCGAAGAGGGUGGAGAGCCCGUUUCUCUGAUCUUGUACUCCUCGGAUACUAAGAAUUGGACGCUGUCGAAGGAGGUGUCUGACGAUGGCUGCAGUGAUCCCUCCGUCGUGGACUGGAAGGGAAAACUCAUGAUGAUGACUGCGUGUGAUGAUGGCCGCCGCAGGGUGUACGAGAUCGGUGACAAGGGGACAGCGUGGACGGAGGCACUCGGGACACUCUCGCGCGUGUGGGGCAACAAACAGGGCGUUGGGAGCGGGUUCAUCACAGCGAAUAUUGGCGACGGAGAAGAUGAUAAAAACAGGGACGUGAUGCUCAUUACUCUGCCGGUGUAUUCAAAGAAGGAUGAUACCGAAGUCAACGAAAAGGGCGUACUCCAUCUUUGGCUGACGGACAAUACGCACAUUGUUGAUAUUGGGCCGGUAUCCGGUGAUGAUGACGCUGCCGCCAGCUCCCUGCUGUACAGAAGUGUUGAAAAUGGAGAUCAAGGAAAUAAGGAGGAGUUGAUUGCACUGUACGAGAAGAAGAAGGGCGAAUCGUCAUCCGGUAUGGUCUCUGUGCUUCUGACUGAGCAGCUGAAGCGGGUGAAGGAGGUGGUGACGACCUGGAAGGAAGUGGACGAACGUGUCUCCAAGCUGUGCCCUCUUUCAAGUGCUACUGUGAGUAAAUCAACUGACGAUGCCUGCAGCGAUGGUAAGAUCACGGAAGGGCUGGUUGGCUUUUUGUCCGGCAACUUCUCUAAUAACACAUGGAGGGACGAGUACCUCGGAGUGAACGCCACAGUAAAUAAUAAAGAUGGAAAAGUGACCAGCACGGAGAAUGGAGUGAAGUUCCAGGGAGCGUGGGCGGAGUGGCCUGUUGGCAAGCAAGGGGAGAAUCAGCUGUACCACUUUGCGAACUACAACUUCACUCUUGUGGCGACGGUGUCCAUCCACGGUGAGCCGAAGGGAGAUAAUCCCAUUCCUUUGAUGGGUGCGAAGAUUAAUGAUGGCAAUAAUAAUCCUGUGCUCCUGGGACUGUCGUACAACAGCCAAAAUAAGUGGCAGGUGCUGUGCAUUGGCGGAAAUACCAAGGAUCUCAGCAGCACUUGGGAGCCACAGACACAGUACCAAGUGGCCAUUGUGCUACAGAAUGGCACCCAGGGCUCCGUGUACAUCGAUGGUAAGCGUUUGGAAGGUGUGCUGUUUGAUUUAAAGGAUAUUAAAGGGUCUAAAUGGAUCUCACACUUCUACAUUGGAGGGGAAGGAGGCGGCGCAGGGAGCCAAGAAGGCUUGUCUGUGACGGUGACGAACGUUCUGCUGUACAACCGUCUGUUGGGUGACACUGAGCUUACUGCGCUUAACGCGAAUAAAGUCCCUAUUUCAGUGCUGGAGAAUCGGAACGAAUUGGCGGGAGACACAGAUUUACCAGCGGUAAGUGGAUCAGAUUUGGAAGGAACCGUGUCCUUGUACAAUGCUCCCGGGCAAAAGCCAUUGGAGGAGGAACCGUUGACGAAUAUUGGUGGUGGCGGUGGCGCUGUAUCCAGUGCAGCUUCCGUUGCUACGACUCCCUCGUCCGAUGCCGACCCAACGUUGGUAACAAGGAGUGGAGACACGAUGCGGGGAAUUGGAUCACCCCAAAAUCCUGAGAAGAGCGUGAGCUCUGGUGAGGAUGGGGAGACGGUGGGAGGAACGGAUGUGCUGGAAGGAAUCCAUCCACAGGCCGGGGAAGUAAAUGCCACGGCACUCAACGGCAGUCUCGGCAAUUUGACGCAGGGGAAUAACAGCGUUGCCGGCACUGUGCGUGGGAGCGGACUGCUGCCAUCGCUGCUUCUUCUGUUGGGACUGUGGGGGUUUGCGGCUCUGUGA